CGAAAGCUGAGACAUAGUUAACAAGUAACCAGAAUUUCUGAAUUUCGUAAAAAUAAAAAUGGAUCGCUGGAUGGGAAAAAUAGCUGUUGUGACGGGAGCUUCAUCAGGAAUCGGUUUGGCUACCGCCAAAGCCUUCAUCCGUCAUGGCAUAACAGUCGUGGGCCUCGCGCGAAGGCACGAGAAGAUGAAGACAGAAAUGGCCGGCACGGAGGGACCUGGAAAAUUCUACGCGCGACAAUGCGACCUUUCCAAAUUAACCGAUAUCGAAGCGACAUUCGAUUGGAUCCAAACCGAACUUGGGACAGUGCAUAUCCUCAUCAAUAGCGCUGCUGUCAUAAAGCCCGGAUCGAUCCAAGAUGUGAGUAAUGAAGACCUCAUGGCGAUGAUCGGUGUCAAUUUCAUGGGCGCGCUGCACUGCAUGAAACAGGCGAUUCCACUGAUGCGAGCGAAUGGUGAAAACUGUCAGAUUGUGAAUAUAAACAGUCCUUUCGGCGAAAAGACGGUGAGUUUACCGGGCGUCCACCUGAAUGUUUACUCCCCGACUAAAUUCGCUUUGAAGUCGCUGACUGAUACGGCUAUACAUGAACUUUUGUCGACCAAAAUUCGGGUUUGUACUGUGAUCCCGGGGCGUGUUGACACCGAGGGGCGUCGAAAAGCGGGUUUGUGGCGGGCGAUCGGUUCUGGUGUGGAUACUCAUCCACUCCUGGACGCGGAAAACGUUGCUGACGUCAUUGUGUACGUCGUUCAAGUGCCUCAGUGUGUCCAAAUAACUGAUAUUACUGUCAAACCUUCUGGCGAGGACCUUUUUUAAUCCUAAAAAAUGUUGUUGUGAUUACUUUAAUCAAAAAUACUAAGUAGAUAAUAUUCAAUUUUUUUUACCAUACUUUUGUAAUUAUAUGCACUCACAAUAAAAUGCCUGCAGUUUUUGAUUAUUGCAAAU